CACGCGUCACGGUUCAAGUUCUUAUCUCAAAUCGGCUGCAUCGCCCAUGCUUGAUACCCACAUUCUCUUUUGUCAUCUACUUCGCAAAUCUCAAGGCGAGCUCAAUUACGCAUACAGAUAAUGAAACGUCCUGGCUAACGAGAGAGAGAGAGAGAGAGAAAUGGAGAAGGCAAUUGAGAGACAAAGGGUUCUGCUUCAGCACCUUCUCCCUGUUCACUCCGCUUCUUCAACCGAAGGCGUCGAUUCUUCUAUUUCGGCAUCUAUUUGUGCUGCGGGGGACAGUGCUGCAUAUGCAAGGACUUCUGUUUACGGAGAUGAUAUAGUCAUAGUUGCUGCAUAUAGGACUCCUCUUUGCAAAUCUAAGAGGGGUGGCUUCAAAGAUACAUACCCUGAUGAUUUACUUGCGACUGUUUUAAAGGCGCUGAUUGAAAAGACUAAUUUGAACCCAAGUGAAGUUGGGGAUAUAGUUGUGGGUACUGUCUUGGCACCAGGCUCCAUAAGAGCAAGUGAAUGCAGGAUGGCUGCAUUCUAUGCAGGAUUUCCUGAAACUGUUCCAAUUAGAACUGUGAACAGACAAUGUUCGUCUGGUCUCCAAGCCGUUGCAGAUGUUGCUGCAGCCAUUAAAGCCGGAUUUUAUGACAUCGGUAUUGGUGCUGGCUUGGAGUCCAUGACGGUAGACUCCAUGUCGUGGGAUGCCUCAGUCAAUCCUCGAGUUAGGACAUUUCAACAAGCACAAAAUUGUCUUCUUCCUAUGGGAAUUACUUCUGAAAAUGUAGCACAUCGCUUUGGUGUGACAAGGCAGGAACAAGACCAAGCAGCUGUCGAGUCACAUAAGAAGGCUGCUGCAGCUACUGCCUCUGGGAAGUUUAAAGAUGAAAUUAUUCCUGUGUCUACAAAGAUCGUUGACCCAAAAACUGGAGAUGAGACUGCUGUUACAAUUUCUGUUGAUGACGGGUUUCGGCCAAAUGCCAGUAUCAGCGACUUGGCAAAGUUGAAACCAGUGUUCAAGAAAGAUGGCUCUACCACUGCUGGAAACUCUAGCCAAGUUAGUGAUGGGGCUGGCGCUGUACUACUCAUGAAAAGAAGUCUUGCAAUGAAGAAAGGAUUUCCAGUCCUUGGUGUAUUCAGGACUUUUGCUGCUGUUGGUGUAGAUCCUGCUAUAAUGGGCAUUGGUCCAGCUGUUGCAAUUCCUGCUGCGGUCAAAUCUGCUGGACUUCAACUUGAUGAUAUUGAUCUUUUUGAGAUCAAUGAAGCAUUUGCGUCACAGUAUGUGUACUGCCAAAGAAAGCUGGGGCUUGAUCCAGAAAAGAUCAAUGUAAAUGGUGGUGCCUUGGCUAUUGGUCAUCCUUUGGGGGCAACAGGAGCUCGUUGUGUUGCAACUUUGCUGCAUGAGAUGAAGCGCCGUGGCAAAGAUUGCCGCUAUGGUGUAGUUUCCAUGUGCAUAGGCACCGGAAUGGGUGCAGCUGCUGUGUUUGAGAGAGGUGAUGCUUGUGAUGAGCUCACAAAUGCCCGAAAAGUUGAAACCAAUGGUCUGUUGUCUAAGGAUGCCCGGUAGAACUUCCCUGGUUGUUUAAGAUGGUUUGGUUUCCUUGAUAUUUUGUGAGAGAAAGGAACAACAUCAAUAAGUGUCAGGACUCAGGAGAAAGAGAAGUUAUACUUGGCCAUUUUCAUGAUUGUAUUCAAACUCCAACUUUGUGUACCAAUAAUAUUAUCUCUCUUCGGAUCUGUGCUAAAUUGCAUCCAAACUGUGGGGAGAUAUCUGAUUUCUAAUUUUACUAGCCCAACGAACUUUGGACGGAAUUUGAAAUAAUAAUGAUCAACUUUAAAUUAAUUUGCAAUAAAUCACUGCUUCACUAGCUGCAUAGUAACCAGGUUGGGGACUUGCCCCUAUUAUCAC